CUCCUUUGCAAUGUUUUUUCCAUUUCUCCUUCUCAUCAUCUCUUCUCAGAUCAUGUCCCCUGAUCCCUUCUCCCUCAUAUCUUCUUCCCCUAAUUAAAAUUAUUAUCACAUAGAUCCUCCCAUCAAGAUCCAUUUGCUGAUUUUUUUUUUAUCAAAUAGUAGAAGAAAAUUAAUUAAAACCCUUCAUGGAGAGUUCUUUAGGUUUCAUGGCCGUCUUCGCCGUCUCAGGGAGCGUUGUCUUCCUCGCGAGUCAAUUCCACAAACGUCUCCUCUCUGAUUAUAUGGACAAGUUUGAAUUCGAAAUCCGAUCGAGGGAGAAUGUGGUGAUGAAGAAGAAGGUGAGAUUCGCGGCGGAUGUGGUGGAGCCGUCGGGGAAUAACAAGGAGUAUCGCCGGAGACACUCAUCCAAGGCUAAAUUUGAAAAGCAAUCCAAGAUGGCGGCAAUUGUUUGAAGGUUUUUUGUUUUGUUUUGAAGGAGUGAUUAUUAUGUAAUUAAUCAAUUGGGGUUUGUGAUUUGAUUUGAAUUUUCGUAAUUAAUUUUGGGGGGAUUAAUCUGAUGAAUCUGGGGAAAAACCUUUUUUAGGUCUUCCCAUUGGUCAAAUAUUUUUCCUGUUUGUGUAACUUUUUCUUCGUUUUUGGGGGGUUUUAUUUGUAAAUAUUUUUGUUUGUGUAAAUACAAAAUGUGAUUGUUAACUACCUUUUGUUUAACCGUAUGCUGUGAUGAUUGUGCA